CCGAGCGGGCGGGCGAGAGCCCGCAGCCCUGGCGCCCGCCGCCGCCGCCCGGACCUCCGCCGCAAUAUGCCGCCGCGGCCCUCUGGCUCUCGGCCAUGGCGAGGCUCAGCCGGCGCGUCCCUUGCACCCUGCUCCUCGGCCUGGCCGCCGUGCUGCUAAAGGCGAGGCUGGUCCCUGCGGCCGCCAGAGCUGAGCUCAGCCGCUCCGACCUCAGUCUCAUCCAGCAGCAGCAGCAGCAGCAGCAGCAGCAACGGCAGCGGGAGGAAGCCGAGGAGGAGAGGCCAGAGGUGCCCGGGGCAUCCUCUACCGUCACUGCUCCCGUGUCUGUAUUUAUGCUGAAAGUCCAGGUGAAUGACAUCAUCAGUCGUCAGUACCUGAGUCAAGCAGUUGUAGAAGUGUUUGUAAACUACACGAAGACAAAUUCCACAGUAACUAGAAACAAUGGAGCAGUGUUGAUAAGAGUACCCUACAAGUUAGGACUCAGCCUAACCAUUAUUGCUUACAAAGAUGGCUAUGUGUUGACACCUCUGCCUUGGAAGACUGGAAGAAUGCCAAUAUAUUCAUCAGUUACACUUUCACUGUUCCCGCAAAGCCAAGCAAAUAUAUGGCUAUUUGAAGACACUGUUUUAAUUACUGGAAAAUUAGCUGGUUUCCUUUUUCCAGAUGCUAAAUCUCAACCAAGUGUUCAGUUUUCAAAAGCCUUAAUUAGACUACCCAACAGGCAUCACAUUAGCAACGUUACAGGCUACCUUACAGUCCUACAACAGUUUUUGAAAGUGGAUAAUUUUCUGUAUACGACUGGAAUUACUCUCAAUAAGUCAGGUUUUGAAGGCAAUGAACUGACUCCUCUUGCUGCAAUAUGUGUGAAAAUAUAUUCUGGAGGAAAAGAAUUAAAGGUGGAUGGCUCUAUUCAAAUUUCUCUCCCACUUCUACGUACAAAAGGUAUAAGUGCAGGGGAUAACAUACCUGCCUGGACAUUUGAUAUGAAUACAGGUGCUUGGAUAAAUCAUGGCCGGGGAAUGGUCAAGGAAUAUAACAAUCAUUUAAUUUGGACAUACGAGGCACCUCAUUUGGGCUACUGGAUAGCAGCUCCACUUCCAGGAACUAGAGGUAUAAAUGGAGAUUCAAAGGACAUAACUGCCUACCACACAGUGUUUCUUUCAGCCAUAUUAGGAGGAACAAUAGUCAUUGUCAUUGGAUUUUUUGCUGUACUUCUUUGUUAUUGCAGGGAUAAGUGUGGUACUCCGCAGAAAAGAGAAAGAAAUAUCACUAAACUUGAGGUCCUCAAGAGAGACCAGACAACUUCAACAACUCACAUAAAUCACAUCAGUUCAGUCAAAGUUGCAUUAAAAACCGAGGACAAGUCACAGUUAUUCAGUGCCAAAAGCUCCUCGUACAACCCUCAGAAAAAGGAACCAUCAAAGGUAGAAGCAGAAGAAAGAGUUUCCAUGGUAAAAACUCGGGACAGUUUAAAAAUCUACAAUGAAGAUGUUUCAUUUCUGUCAGUCAAUCAAAAUCAUUACUCAAGAAACCCAGCUCAGUCUUUGGAGCCCAAUGUAGGGUCCAAACAACCUAAACAUAUUAACAACAAUAUAUCUUCAUCUCUAGGUGAUGCUCAAGAGGAAAAGAGGUAUCUCACAGGUAAUGAAGAUGUGUAUGGGCAUUCUCACAUUCCAGAACAGCUUAUGCACAUCUACAGCCAGCCCAUUGCCAUCCUUCAAACAUCUGACCUCUUCUCCACUCCAGAGCAGUUACAUACUGCAAAGUCAGCUACUUUGCCAAGAAAGGGACAGUUAGUCUAUGGCCAAUUGAUGGAACCAGUAAAUAGAGAGAACUUUACACAGACAUUGCCCAAAAUGCCAAUGCAUUCUCAUGUACAGCCUCCAGAUGCCAGGGAAGAGAAUAUCCCACUCGAAGGUCAACAGAGCUUGCCAUCCCAAACUUCAGAUUGGAGCCGGUAUUCAAACAGCCUACUAGAAUCUGUUUCUGUUCCUGGAACACUAAAUGAAGCUGUUGUAAUGACUCCCUUUUCAUCAGAGCUUCAAGGAAUUUCAGAACAGACCCUCCUAGAACUGUCCAAAGGAAAGCCCUCCCCCCAUCCCAGAGCCUGGUUUGUGUCUCUUGAUGGAAAGCCAGUCGCACAAGUGAGGCACUCCUUCAUAGACCUGAAAAAGGGCAAGAGAGCCCAGAGCAACGACACGAGUCUGGACUCUGGGGUGGACAUGAAUGAGCACCACUCAAGUAGAAAACUAGAGAGGGAAAAAACGUUCAUCAAAAGUAUGCAUCAGCCUAAGAUCCUUUACUUAGAAGAUUUAGACCUGAGCAGUAGUGAGAGUGGAACCACCGUCUGCUCCCCCGAGGACCCAGCUUUAAGGCACUUCCUAGAUGGAGGGAGUGGAGCUAUCAUGGAGCACCCUGGGGAAGAGUCCCCAGGAAGAAAAAGCACCGUUGAAGAUUUUGAAGCCAAUAUAUCCCCCACUAAAAAAAGGGGAAGACCACCACUAGUCAAAAAAGAUAGCAAGACUAACAUCUGGAAGAAGCGAGAGGAACGCCCACUGAUUCCCAUCAAUUAACACCAAGAGUGGUUGUGUCUCUGCUGUCUCGUGCUGUUUAUUCUUGCUUCUUGUUGUAAACUGCCCUAUGAACUUCUGCAGAAGUUGAGACUGAGCAAUCUCAUGGUCCCUGGACAUGUCUCAAGCAGAGUAAGUAGUAAAAUGGUAAUUAAGUAGUGAGAGAAAGAUACCAAGGAAUGCUUUUUCUGGCCUAUUCUUUUCAUUUAUUUUUGGGUGAUGAAUUUGAAGUAUCCAAGCGUUCAGAAUGUAAAAUAGCUUCAAGAUGUUAGUUAUCCGAAAAUGUUGCUCAGUCAGCAAGUUGAGUCCUGACUCUGAAGAAUAACAGUGAAAAGUGUACUCCUAAAGUUGCUUCCAAAAAUAUUGCUUCUGCUUUGAUGACUACCCCUGUGAAAUGUUUAGAAAUGAAACUGUAUUCUUCAGGCCUCAUAUUCUUGUGAAAUGUUACUAUUAUGUUCUCCACUGCCUAUACUUGAAAAUAACUUAAUAUUCUGGAUUGAUAUUAUUCUAGAGUUCAAAGGCCAAACCUCAUUUUCUUUCUUUUUUAAACAGCAUGUGUAUUGUUAUCAACCCAAAAGUAAAUUCCAUACUCACAUAAGAUGGGCAAGAAGCUACUUGGUUGUUAGAGAGGGAAAUGCCAGCUCUUUGGUUGUUUUUGGAUACAGCGUCACAGAAUAAAAAGGUGUUAGUUUAUUUAGAAAUCUGAGAAAUGAAUGCCCUGAUACUGAAUUUUUAUUUAAAAAUUUCUUAUCCCCUUCCUCAUCACCAAAAGUGAAGUGAGCUUAGCUGUCAAGGAAAACUUUUUACCAAUCUAAAAAAAAAAAAACCCAAACAUUCCUCCCCCUCCCCAAUUUUUAGUUUAAAACUCACUGAUACAUGUAGGCUAAAAUCAGUUUUAAGAUAUUUCUUCUAUUAAAAAAAAUUCAGUCAC